UUUUUAUUAAUAUAUUGGGCAGCUUUUCAACAUAUUUCUUCUCUUAUUGAAUCAAGACUUUCAGACACUGCAACCACCACCUUCUAAUUCUGUAGCUCUUCCUUCCCUUACAACAAUGGCUGAAGCAUUCCUCUUCGAUCUUGCAAUCGAAAUAAUGAAAAAGUUGGGUUCCCAUGCUAUCCAGGAGAUUGGCCUGUACUGGGGCUUCAAAGACGAGCUUCACAAGCUCAACAGAAUGGUAUCCACCAUCAAAGUUGUGCUUCUUCAUGCAGAGGAGCUGUCAUCGGAGAAUCGUCAAGUCAAAGAGUGGCUUUCGAUGCUCAAAGAUGCAUUUUAUGAUGCUGAUGACUUGUUGGAUGAGUUAUCACUCAAGGCUUUACAAAAACAAGUUAUGACUGGCACAAGAAUGGCCAAGGAGGUACGCCUUUUCUUUUCCAGCUCAAAUCCAUUUGCUUAUGGUCUUAAAAUGGCUCAUAAGAUUAAGGCAAUCAGAGAAAGAUUAGCUGAGAUAGCUGAAAAUAAGAAGUUUUUCUUGGAGGAGCGCCAUGAGGAGGGGCGUAUUGCAGCUAAUAACUGCAGGCGCCAAACUCAAUCCUCACCACCUGCAUUAGUUGUUGGCAGGGAACAUGAUAAGGAGGCAAUUAUAGAGCUUCUGAUGAAAUCCAGUGAUGAAGAGAAUGUGUCAAUUAUUCCCAUAAUUGGAAUUGGUGGAUUGGGAAAGACAACAUUAGCCCAACUUGUGUAUGAUGAUGAGAAAGUCAAAGGGCAAUUUGAGCCAAAAGCAUGGGCAUGUGUCUCAGAUAAUUUUGAUGUAAAAUUAAUAGUUGAAAAGAUUUUAGAAUCUGUGUCUCGUCAGAAACCUAAUUGUAGCGAGAUGGAUGCAUUGAAAAGUCUCCUUCGUGACAAAAUUAUUGGGAAGAAAUACUUGAUUGUGUUGGAUGACAUAUGGAAUGAGGAUUCAGAAAAAUGGAAUCGCUUAAAGGACUUGCUAGUUGGUGGUGCAAGAGGAAGCAAAAUAAUAAUAACCACGCGACUUAGAAAGGUUGCAGAGUUGGCUCGCCCCAUUGCUAUGUAUGAAUUACAAGGCUUGCCUAAAUCUGAAUCUUGGUCAUUGUUUGAAAAAAUAGCAUUCAAGCGAGGACAAGUGGUAAGUCAAAGCCAUGAAGAUAUAGGAAGGGAAAUUGUAGCGAAGUGUUGGGGGGUUCCUUUGGCCAUAAGAACAAUAGGAAGUCUCUUGUACUUGAAGGAUUCCGAAUCUGAAUGGUUAUCCUUCAAAAGUAAAGAACUCUCAAAGGUAAAUCAGUGUGAAAGUGAUAUUUUACCCACUCUUAAGUUGAGUUAUAAUUAUUUGCCUUCGCAUUUGAAACAAUGCUUUGCAUAUUGCGCGUUAUUUCCAAAAGACUAUGAAAUUGAUGUUGAAAAGUUAAUACAUCUUUGGAUGGCACAAGGUUUUGUGAAGUCAUCGGAUCCAAGCCAAUGUCUUAUAGACGUUGGUCUUGAAUAUUUUGAUGAUCUUCUUUGGAGGUCUUUUUUUCAAGAAGUUAAAAAAGAUGACUUUGGUAAUUAUAGCUAUUGUAAAAUGCAUGAUUUGAUGCAUGACCUUGCAAUGUCGGUUGCUGGAGAGGAGUGUGCUUCAUCAAAUUUUGAGGUGGGAUAUACAAAUGAGAAAAGUCGCCAUAUUUCAUUUGUAUGUGAUUGGCGCUCACAUUUGAAACCUUCCAUGUUUAAUAAGACAAACAAGGUACGAACAUUCCUUUUGUUAAAUUCAGGAUCGGUUCUUAGCGAUGAGGAACAAUGCCAUUCAAUUUUUCAUAACAUGAGACGUUUAAGGGUGUUAGAUCUACACAACUUAGAUUUGAAUACUCUGCCAUUUUCUGUUGAGAAAUUGAAGCAUCUAAGGUAUCUUGAUCUUUCUAGGAAUGGUAUCAAAAAACUUCCUGAUUCAAUCACCAAACUACAAAACUUACAAGUGCUGAAACUGGAAGGCUGUAGCAGGCUUAUACGUUUACCAAAAGACACGAGAAGGUUGGUCAAUCUCAGGUGUCUUGACCUCAGUUAUUGUUCUGGGUUGACUCAUAUGCCACGUGGGAUUGGACAAUUGAGUUCACUGGAGAGAUUAUCGAGAUUUGUCGUAGCCAAGGAUAAUACUGUGUGCAGUGGACUCGGUGAAUUACAAGGAUUGAACAACUUGAGAGGAGAGUUGAAGAUUGUGAAUUUGCGUUAUGUGAAAAAUGGUACAUCUGAAUUUAAGGCGGCCAAUUUGAAAGAGAAGCAACAUCUUCAGAUCCUGGAAUUAGUAUGGAAUGAAGACGGUGAUGAUAGUGAGGGUGCAAAUGACGUUGAGAAUGAUGAAAUGGGGUUGGAAGCGUUACGGCCCCACCAAAAUUUGAAAGAGCUAUCUUUGGAGUUCUACAGAGGAGUGAAGUUUCCCAGCUGGAUUUCUUCCCUCACAAAUUUGAUGUCCAUUCGUUUCUGGUUUUGCAAAAGCAUAAAGCGUCUCCCACCAUUUGAUCAGCUUCUUUCUCUUAAAUCUUUGUACAUUUCUGGAUUAACUAAUCUAGAGUAUAUAGAUACUGAUGGAGGAUCUUCAUCAUUCUGUCCUUCCCUAAAACAACUCGACCUCUUCGGCUGCCCUAAUCUGAAGGGAUGGCUGACGUGCGUGAGGAAUGAUGGAACGGCAGACCUCCCUAGAUUUCCUUGUCUUUCCAUUUUGGCUUUCCAUAAUUGCCCUAACCUGACUUCCAUGCCAUUACUUCCGUCUUUAGAAAAAUUGUAUUUUCGUGGUGGCGGUGGGAAGCAAUUAGAGCAUAUAAUAAAGAUGAUUAUUUCAGCAUCACAGUCCAGCUCCAGCUCCUCCUCCUCAUCCUCUUCUUCUUCUUUCCCAAUCUCUCAAUUUAAAAAUCUAACCAUUCAUGAAGUUGAAGAUUUAGAAUUUCUGCCAGAGUUGCUGUUUAACCUCACUUCUCUGCAAUGUCUGACCAUUUGUGAUUGCCAAAAAAUAACAACUCUGUCACGUGAUGAGAAUGAUAAAGGAAUGCAAUGGCAAGGCCUUCAAAACCUCCGUUCUCUAGCAUUUUAUGAUAAUCGAAGCUUGGUGUCUCUCCCAAAGGGACUUCAGUAUGCUACCACUCUGCAUCGUCUCCAUAUCGUUGGUUGUCCUAAUUUGAUGUCUUUAGCAGAGGGGAUGGACAACCUUACCGAAUUACAAUUUUUGCACAUACGGAGUUGUCCCCAACUAGCAGCAAAAUGUGAAAAGAAUGUUGGGGAGGAUUGGCCCAAGGUUGCUCACAUCCCAAAUAUUUAUAUCAAUGGCGAAGAAAUUCAACGGAAUCUUUGAUUAGAAAAAUCCUGUGCACUUUCCCUGGAUGUGGAGAAACUUCAACUUGCAGUCAGUCUUCUACAACUUAAUAUUUUCAUUAACUCAAGAGGAAUUGCAUACAAAACCAGCAUCAGUUCUAGCUCUUCAAUUUUUUGUUUUUGUGACUUGUUGUGCAGGUUGUUUGGGUUGGGUUUCAAAAAGAUGCAAGGAGAAAAAACAGGAUUGGCAGACAAUUCUAACUUAAUGCUCUUGUCCCCAUGCUUGUGUAUGGUUUCAGAAGUAUCAACAAAGUGUUGUAUGGAUUUGCCAUUUUUCUAGUCUGAUAAAUAUCACACUUCGAUAUAAGAAUACAGAUGACUCUGGAUUGCUAUGGAUGCUGACACUUGAAGACCAUGUAUUUCUUCAGACCAAUCUGGUAUUGCUAGAAUUAUCCAACAAAUUGAAUGUUCAUGAGAUAUUGUUAUUAUUUAUCUAUUUUUUAACAGAUUGGUAUUUUGCAAUUGGAGUGUUCUUGUAGGAGAUUUAAGAGGGGAAGUGUGAAAUAAAUAUUUCCUAUUGGUUUCUUCAAACUUCAGAUAAUUAAAAUGAAUGAUUCUCCUCUCCUAUUUCAAGAUGGAGAGAACAGUUGAGGAUUGGCCUUUAUUGUCUCAGAAACACUAACUUUGGUACUUUCAUCUCCUAUGAAUGCCCAUUUACAAACAAUAAUCGUGCAUUUAUUCAAGUACUAAUUGGUAGCAUGGAAGAGGGUAAAAACAUUAAUGCCAACUGCAAGGUUUCGACAAACAAAUGCUUUUCCAUAGUUCCCUAUUUUCUUUCUGCUUAUGAUAAGAAAAUUCUGCUUUUCUUUAAUUAUCUCCUCCUUUUUGUUUUGGCAGGAAAAUUUUGUUUGGUAGGUUGUUUGGGGUGAAUACUUCUAGAGGUUGUUUGGGUUGGGUUUCAAAAAGAUGCAAGGAGAAAAAACAGGAUUGGCAGACAAUUCUAACUUAAUGCUCAUGUCCCCAUGCUUGUGUAUGGUUUCAGAAGUAUCAACAAACCAGUGUUGUAUGGAUUUGCCAUUUUUCUAGUCUGAUAAAUAUCACACUUCGAUAUAAGAAUACAGAUGACUCUGGAUUGCUUUGGAUGCUGACACUUGAAGACCAUGUAUUUCUUCAGACCAACUGGUUGGUUGGGGUGAAUACUUGCUUCUUUUUGAGAAAUUUUCAAGUCCAGUGAAGCACUUUUACAUGUACCAUAUUGUCCAUAGAUCGCAGGUGUAAUGUGUGGAUAAGAACCCUUGAACAGCUUUUUCUUCAAACCAAGCAGGUUUGGCAUCAGGAUAAUGCUUCAAAGGUUGUAAUUUGAACCUUAAAUCCGAUUCAUCAAUUGUGUGACAUCCCAAUGGAUGACAGUGCUUCAGAAUUGGCAAGUAACUAAUGAUCAAUGCCAGAGCAGAAUUAUUUUGGAAAUUUUUCUUAAUGUUGGCAGGAAAUAAGUUUGUCUACAAAGAAAAUUAUAUUACAAAUAAGGAUAUCUACAAAGCAAAUUAAUUAAUCCUAUAGAAUAUUUGAGGGAACCAACAUAAUGUUAAAAGAGUUUUUUGCAUUGGUUUGCCUUAAUUUCAGACAUUCAGUCCUGUGGUUCUUCUGUCCUGUUUCAAAGAGCCAGAGAAGAGUAAUUGAGGAUGGCCUCUUUGUCUUAUGUUACCAAUCCUUUCUUGUUUGACGGGGUUCAACAUUGCUGGUUGAAGAGUUUUGGAUUUACAUGAAGAUCAUUCUUUAUCCAAGUCAGAAUUUUUAGUGAAGUCCUGUCACAAAAGAUACGUUCCUAUAUAGAUCUAGUGGCUUUCCAUGUGAGUUUGAUCAAGGCUCCAGUCAAGGUUCUUCACAAAGUAUUCUGAAAUCUCCAAUGACUAAUAUACUCUUAAAAACAAUUUACCCUUUUGGAUCUAGAGUGGUUCAUGGAGCGGACAUGAGAGUAGAAAACAAUGCAAAAUGAUGCUGCCAGUUUGUCAAAUGCAUGCCUAACUCUUCCAUGUGAAUGUUAGUAAAAUGUGUGGGUCAAGCUUGAUACAAGAAAUAGAACACUUCAACCAAGUAAUAUGCAUAUAACCGAGGAGAUAUCUUGAAGUUCAACUGCAGGCAAACAACAAUGGUUAAGGUCACGAAUGAUAAGACUGAAAUCCUCCUUGUAGAAAUGGUUUUCCCCCCAUAUUUCAAGUUCUCAUCAGCAAAUGAUUGCCCUUUUUUUUUAAUCAUUUCCUGUAUGUUCUGCUGGUCAAUUUCCUUUUUUUUACCCCUUUUUUGGGUUUACAUGCGUUAUCAAUUUUAUUAUGUUUUCUGAUUCACUUUUGGUAAAAACUUAAUAAACCGCAUUUUGGACGGAAGGCAGAAAUUAUAAAAGCAAUGACAGAGCUUUGUGCAAAUCACUGCUUGUAGUUGUGUUUUGGGUUGCAAACUAUUGAAAUGUGUAUCUGAAUUUUGCUAUUUGCAUUUAGUGCAUGAGUGCUGGUAUCUCUUCUCUUC